AUGGAGACGGAUAGUUCUCAUGACGGCCAAUUGCGAGGUCAGCCCCCGCGUGGCACCGUUACGCCAUUAAAGGCCAGUCUCUUACUCGGAAAGGCCUUCGUGGGUACCGGAGUCUUGUUCUUGCCUAAGGCAUUUAUGAACGGAGGUAUUCUGUUCUCCUGUCUGACAUUAGCGUUCGUGGCCAUUAUCUGCUGCAUCGCCUUCCUAAUGCUGGUCAAGGUCCGACUGGUAGUACGCGAGUCCUUCCAGGACAUUGGUCUGGUCCUUUUUGGCAAAUACAUGCGCUUCGCCGUGCUACUCUCCGUAGCACUCUCGCAAGUCGGAUUCUGCUGUGCGUACCUGAUCUUUGUCUCCCAGAACAUUGAUGCCGUCGUUCAGACGUUCACGAAGUGCACGUUCCAUGGAAUCGAGCAGAAAUACUAUAUCCUGAUCACUCUCGUGAUCCUGAUCCCCCUGGUCCUGAUCCGUCGAAUGUCGAUCCUCUCGCUGCCCAGUAUGCUGGCCAAUCUCUUCAUCAUUUUUGGCAUCGUCUACCUCUGGUACUUCAGCAUCCAUAACUUGGCUGAGAACGGUGUCGGCCCCAACAUUACGUUGUUCAACCGGGAUGACUUUGCCCUAUUUAUCGGAACUGCCGUCUUUUCGUUUGAGGGCAUUGGUCUUGUUAUCCCCAUUACCGAAUCUAUGGCCGAGCCUGAAAAGUUCCCUCGCGUCCUCGCCAUAACUAUCUCUGUCGUAGCUAUGAUUUUCAUGAGCGUCGGUGCGCUUUGCUACUCUAGUUUCGGUAGCAACGUCCAGACAAUCGUCGUGCUGAACCUGCCCAUCAAGGACGGAUGGACCAUCACCGUCGAGAUCCUGUACUCGCUUGCCAUCAUCCUCUCGGUUCCUCUGAUGUUGUCCCCAGCUUCCAAGAUUCUCGAGCACGGUAUCUUUGGGGCCAAAUCCGGUGCUUUGAGUACCAAGGUCAAGAUGCAGAAGAACGUUCUCCGUAUCGCCCUGAUCUGCGUCUGUGCCCUCGUCAGUUUCGGGGUCGGUGGACCCAACCUGGACAAGUUUGUCUCGUUCGUCGGUUCCGUGGCCUGCAUGCCUCUGUGCUUUAUCUUCCCAGCCAUGUUCCAUUACAAGGCCUGCGCCAAGACUCUCAAGGCGAAGAUUGGAGAUUGGAUCAUGGGCGUUGUUGGUAUCAUAGCCAUGGUCUUUACCCUUUACAUCACUAUCCGGAGCUGGGUUGUCGUCUCCGCUCCCGACGCCGCGAUCGACCGCUGCGCGGCCUUUGCUUAG